UCCUGCCCAAUUCGUGUUGGCAGAAAUUUUGACCCUUUUGGGGGUUUUGUGUUUAUUUUUUUUUAAAUCUUAUCAGAACUAAUUAUCUAGUAUUAAAUGUACAUAGUUUAAAAAUUAUAAAGUUUAUUUUAAAACACCUUUUUUUAAAAUUGAAAGUAUUUUAUCCCUUCUGUCUUGGGAAAUGAGUAAAACAAAGCCAGCAGUAGCCAAAACAUGUAUGAUAUACAAUACAAACGAGUUCACAUCCUUGCUGAAAGACGUGAAAGUAUGCCCAUACAUGAACUGUCAAGAAAGCCCACUGCCUCAGACAACGCUGCCAGAAGUUAAACGAGAGUUGCCCAUAGAAGACCUUUCCAUAUCCGACACCCUCUUCUGUUCAUACUGCAACACGGGUUUCUUAAACAAAGAACAGCAGAGAGCGCACUACAAGCAGGACUGGCAUCGGUACAACUUGAAGCAACACCUCAACAACAAGAAGGCUGUUUCGGAAGAAAGAUUCUCCCAACUGGUCGAGGAUGAUCUAUCGAGUAUAUCCGGGUCGGAGAGCAGCGAUAACGAAGAAGGCGAGACCGAUGCAAAAAUUUUGGAGAGAGAGGCUGAAAGGAGACUUUCUCACCUGAUAGCCAGGAGGUCGAGGGUUCUUUUUAACAAUAACGAGGGGCAGGUCAUAUCAGUCCAUCGAUGUGUUUUACUAGGGAAAAAGGAAAAAGAAACAACAGACGACUAUUUGGUUCAAGUAAUAUCCAAACUUCCUUUCCGGACAAACUGGCUCAUUGUAAUGCUUGGCGGUGGGCAUUUUGCAGCUGCAAUUUUCAAAGGUGGAGAGGCGAUUCAGCACAAAACAUUCCACUGUUACACCGUCAGGGCGAAACAGGGUGGAACGCAAAGUUCAAAAGACAAUAAAUCUUCUCAUUCUAAAUCAGCAGGAGCUAGCUUGAGAAGGUACAACGAACAAUCGAUGACUCAGCAUGUUCAAGAAUUGGUUAAAAACUGGGGUCCUGAGAUUAAUAAAUGCGACCUGAUAUUUUACCGAGCCGUCGGAAGGGGCAAUUCAGGAGUACUUUUCAGCGGCACACACCCACUUUGUGUCAAAAGCGACCCUAGGCUGAGGAAAAUCCCUUUUACGACAAACCGUGCGACUUUUAACGAAGUGAAACGUGUACAUGAGAUGUUGUCGAGUGCUUUUAUAUACGAAUCGAAUGAAAUGUUCAAAACGACGUUCUCGUCUCCGAAAGCCGUUCGUGAAUGCUCAGAGGAAAAAAGUGAUACCAACGUGAGCACCACUAAGAAAAUUGACAGGGGAAAAGAAAGGCCGAGUCCUGUCCGGGAAUUGCCAGAUAUCGUACAACAUUUAGCAGCAAUUUCAACGUCUGGAAGUGAAGGAGAUCUCAACUUUAUUGUGGAAGAAAAUGAAGAAGUAGUGUCGUUCCUCGAUUUAAAAGAGUUCGAUGACACUGUCCCUCAACACAUUAAAGACAGGAUGAACAAGAAGCCUAAAAAGAAAAAAAAGGAACAAGAGAAAGAUACAUUGAAACCGGAACUUGCAAAGUUUUGGAAAAAAAUCCACAGUGCUUGUCAAAUGGGUGACACGAGCACUUUAAAGUCGACAUUGGACGAAAGGGACAAAAACGAACUUACUGAUGAAGAAGUGUCUUUUGUACUUAACCAGACAAACAUAUCAGGCGAGACGAUACUCCAUAACAUGGCUGCCGAAGGAAAUCAAGGUUCAGUACGACUCCUCAUGCUCCAUGGUGCCGAUCCUUGCCUAAAGGACAAAAAAUCCUUAACACCGUAUGAUCAUUCAAUAGACAAAAAUAUGAGGAAUAUAUUUAGAAGGUUUAUGGGUGAAUAUCCUGACAUGCACGAUUACUCAAAAUCUCAUAUUCCGAGUGCGUUGACAGAUGAGAUUGAAGCAGAAAUAGCGGAGAAGAGAAAAGCGGCUAAAAAAGCCAAAAGGGCUAGGGAUAAAGAAAAGAAAAUAGAAAAGGAAGAAAAAAAGAGAGAAGAAGAAGAGAAAAUUAGAUUCUUGAACCUUUCAGACCGUGAAAAGAUGGCAUUAGCUGCUGAAAGACGGAUUUUGAAUUCCAUGCCAGGAGGUGCGAAUGUAGUUUUGGUCCGAUGUUACACAUGUGCUGAUGAUAUCACUGGAAAAGUACCAUUUGAAUAUGACAACUACAGGUUUUGUAGUAUGCCCUGUUUAAAAGCUCAUAGAAUGAAAGGAAAACAACUUUGAUGUGUUCAAGCUUCAGCAUGAAAAAUUAUUGCAUUUUUGCAUUGUGAUAUUUGGCCGUGCGUAAAAAUUCACUGGCAUUCAAUUGUCACAUUUACUAAUAAACUGUUGUCAAACUGCUGAAACAAAAGUUAUUUUAAAAACUGUGAGAUUUUCCAUCCAUUUUUACUUGUAAAAACAGUACAAUAAAUUUUGUUUGUUAAAUAUUAUUUGGGAGGCUGUGAAAGCAUGUUUAAUUGAUUUAACUUAAAUUUUCCAACUCUAUUCCAAAUGCCUAGUUAAUUGUCAAACUAAAAUUAAGACAGUUAGAAUUCCACCCUGAGAUCAUGGGUGAUAGAAGAUCGAAGAGCCGGUCUGACAAAACAUCAAAAACGGGAUUCUGGCAUCGCGCCAAAUCCUUGGCAAAUCGGUACAUCGGGAUUGAAGAGGAGGAAUUGAGAAAGAAAGUAUCGCAUAAUGUAGCAAAGGCAGAUCACUCGAAGCAAUUCGACUUGUUAAAUUUGCAAAUUGAUAUGUUAGAAAAGAAACUGAAAAUGUUAGAAGAUCUAGCUAUCGAAAAUAAGGACAAACAAUUGGGCAAUAGAACUUUGCUCCAGGUCGAUGAAGAAAUCGUUAAACCGAAGGAAGAGUACUUCGAGGAAAGUUCUGAAGUGAGCUGCUGCGAGACAAACUCAAUGUUCACACUGGAAGGGUCGCUCAGCACUAGUUAUCCGAUACAUUUCAACUCGCAAUAUUCGCUCGAUGCAAGAAACGUCGGCAUCGCAAUUAACAAAAGUUGCACAUUGACGAUGCCUUUCAUCUAUAACGUAUCUUGUCAACAGUCAUCGCAAGAAUUUUUUGAAAACGACGAAGAACCAGUUUGCACCCUCACUUAUAACAAAGAAACUCGGCAGAUCGUGAUCGACUAUAGGAAAAACAAGGACGCCGAAUCCAAGAGGAUUUGCAUCAACGAACUCGGAGACAGUCUUGAAUUGGUACAGGCGGAGAUAGUGGGCAGGGUUGUUUGUUAUUUGCUCGGCAUUUUUCAAGAAAUGCCACAAACUGACACUGUUAUUUUUGAAGAAGCAAAAGAGGACGAGUCACUUAAAUAAUUUUAUAAUUAAACACUGGUAUUCAGCCCAAAUAAAAUUUGACUAC